CUUAAUUAAUUGAUAUUAAAUUAUUGGUAAGCUAUCUUAAAUUCUUUUUUUUUUUCCCCAUACAAAGCCUUCAAAAUCUGGUGCGUGUCUUACAUUCACAGCACAUCUCAGUUUGGACCAGCCACAUCUGAAGUACUCAGUGGCCCCAUUUGUCCGAUGGCUACUGUGUGAGACUACACAACCAUAACCAUUUCUUAUAGGUGUGUGUUGUUGCCAAAUACAUGAAACUCAUCAGUGUUCUUUGACGCCCUCUUGUUACAAGGAGGCAACAAAAAACAUGAGGCAGGGGCUUUUUUUCUCAAGGAGCUGCCAGUCCAGUUGAGAAAAUAGACACUCAAAAAUUAAGUGGAAUUUUAAAUGGAUAUGAUUCAGGCAGUAGUAAAGAUGACAGUAUAUGAUUAGCUGACAAAUGAGAUGGCUGAUAAUUACCCUUAGGAAUUCUAGAGAGUGAUACUUCGGGCUCCUGCAGUAGCGGAAGACUUGAGUCUCGUCCUGAAAGAGUUGAGCGUUUGCAGAGGCUGUCGGACGGAAAAAGACUUUCCUCUCUCACUGACAGCCUCCACCAUGAUUCACAGCCUUUUCUUGAUCAACUCUGCUGGAGAUAUUUUCCUGGAGAAACACUGGAAGAGUGUGGUCAGCCGUUCUGUUUGCGAUUACUUUUUCGAGGCACAAGAGCGAGCAACUGAGGCUGAAAAUGUUCCUCCAGUUAUCUCCACCCCUCACCACUAUCUCCUAAGUGUUUACCGUCACAAGAUCUUUUUUGUGGCUGUGAUCCAGACGGAGGUGCCACCUCUGUUUGUCAUUGAGUUCCUUCACCGGGUAGUGGACACGUUUCAGGAUUAUUUUGGAGUCUGUUCAGAGCCUGUGAUAAAAGACAAUGUGGUUGUGGUUUAUGAGGUAUUGGAAGAGAUGCUUGACAACGGGUUUCCAUUGGCUACCGAGUCGAACAUCCUCAAAGAACUGAUAAAGCCGCCCACUAUCCUUCGAACCGUUGUCAACACCAUCACAGGAAGCACCAAUGUGGGUGACCAGCUUCCCACCGGGCAGCUGUCCGUGGUGCCUUGGCGACGGACUGGGGUGAAAUACACCAACAAUGAGGCCUAUUUUGAUGUGAUUGAAGAGAUUGAUGCCAUCAUUGAUAAAUCAGGGUCCACAGUCACUGCCGAGAUCCAGGGUGUUAUUGAUGCCUGCGUCAAGCUGACCGGAAUGCCCGACCUUACGCUUUCCUUCAUGAACCCUAGGCUGCUGGAUGAUGUCAGCUUCCACCCCUGCGUCCGCUUCAAGCGCUGGGAGUCCGAGCGCAUCCUCUCCUUCAUCCCUCCCGACGGCAACUUCCGCCUGCUCUCGUACCACGUCAGUGCACAGAACCUGGUGGCGAUUCCAGUUUAUGUCAAACAUAACAUCAGCUUCCGGGACAGUAGUUCUCUUGGCCGCUUUGAAAUAACGGUGGGCCCUAAGCAGACUAUGGGGAAGAGCAUCGAGGGGGUGACGGUCAGCAGCCAGAUGCCCAGAGGCGUCCUGAGCAUGAACCUCACGCCGUCUCAGGGCACGCACAUGUUUGACCCGGUCACCAAGAUGCUGUCUUGGGAUGUAGGAAAAAUAAAUCCCCAAAAGCUCCCCGGUUUGAAGGGGACCGUGAGUCUUCAGGCUGGAGCUUCCAAACCCGAUGAGAACCCCACGAUUAACCUGCAGUUUAAGAUCCAGCAGCUGGCCAUUUCUGGACUCAAAGUGAAUCGUCUGGAUAUGUAUGGAGAGAAGUACAAACCCUUUAAGGGCAUAAAAUACAUGACCAAAGCUGGCAAGUUCCAAGUUCGAACCUGAAGGGAGAGUUCUGCAAAGGGAACAGUCGUGAACACUUUUUCAUUGCUUACUUGUCUAAAAGUAAAAACUGUCAGCCCUCUCCUAGGUCACUGCCCACUCUGGACCACCUGCUCCUGUUUUCCCGUAGCUACAGUGCCCCGGAGCUAGUGAAGGGAGGAGGCCGGGCCGCCAGGGAGGCCUGUGCAGAACCCACACACCAGCAGCACCAAGUCAGUUCUCAAAGCAGAGGCGUGCGAUGCAGGGGGAGGUACUUGAUGCCGUAUGUAACUACUUGUGACAUGGUUACCACAGGAAAAGACCAGCAUUUGUUACUCGCUUGGCUUUAAUUAUCUGAAGCUAAGGAAAGACGUCUUUAGUUUUUGUUUUUUUUUUAAUUAAUUUAUUUUAUUUUUAGUUAUUUUUGGCUGCGUUGGGUCUUUGUUGCUGCGCAGGGGCUUUCUCUAGUUGUGG